GAAAUUUAAACUAGUCAAACCUCAUAAGGGAUUUUACAGCUUCCAACUAAAUCAAGUUUCUCCUCAAGUAAUUUCGGAGAAACUCGAGUCUUAAAAUCUCUACUCAUCUUCGUCAAUCUUCGUCAAUGGUUCAAAGAGAUGAACCAUUCGUGAGUUAUCCUUAUCAUGGUGCGUUUCUUUUGAUUUUUCUCAUGUGCAGUGAGACCGCGAUGACGUACAAGGUAUCCACGAAAUAAUAAACAAAAGUCCAUGACCAUGAAUAUCGUGCUCGGGAUGCUUCUGAUCACCGUAGCCCUCGCUCUCGAUCAUCAUGACAACUACUCGUGGAAACGCAGAGAGGACAUCAAGGUCGCGGCCACGAGCCGACCGGUUUCAUCAAUUAAGGUUAAAGAAGCUCGUCCGCAGCGAUCUAGUAUACAUUCGACUCAUAGAUCGAGAUCGUCGAAUUCGUUUAAGGGCGACGUUCUACAAAAUUCACCGAGAAGAUUCGCGGUUGCCGAGGACGAGCAGCAGGAUCUCUGGAAUCUCGGUACCGUCAGGACGAGACAGGAUUUGACGCGCGAAAAUCGAGCCAUUGAGAGCACUCUGAAGAACGUGAUCGACAGACCAUCCUUGGGUAAGGUCGAAAAGUAUCAGUACUUUUCGAAUUUUCCGUACGGCAGUGACGAGACCGCCGACGUCAUAUUGGAGAAUGCGGAAUAUCCGCAGAAUACAGUGUUCUCCAAGGACGUUCAACAAGAUUUCCUGGAUCAUAACGCGAAAGAGGAGGAGGAGGAAAAAGAUUGGAGCGGGCAGGAUGUAUUCCAGAAAGACCCGCAAGACGAGGUGGAGGAAGAAACUAACGUUCAGGAAUUUCUGGACGAAAUUAGACAGAAGAAAUUGAAUGGAGAACUCGAAGAACUGUUGAACGGACAUCGCCAGGGCAGAAGAAGGAAACUCACCAGUCAGCAGCAAGGUGUUCUGCUGGUGGAAACGCUCAGGAAGAAGCGAAAUCACACCAAUGAUCAUCGAGGGCACGGUUCCAAUCUCCAGAGCGGCCUUAUGGAUAUGCUGGGCAGAAUGAUACCGCAGACGUGCAAGUAUAAAGGCACGAAAUUCGAGUGCGGCCUUAGUAUUAGCUGCGUUUUAGGCGGCGGUCGACCUGUCGACCUUUGUUCCGGAGGUUUAAUAUGGAGCUGCUGCGUGGACGAUGAUGAUAUACCUGAAAAGAUACGACCGACCGCCGGUCUACUACAGAAUGCCAGCUGCGGCGAGCUCUACACUAGGAGCAACAGGAUUGUCGGUGGCCACUCGUCCAGUUUCGGCAGCCAUCCGUGGCAGGUGAGGUCCUUCUCGUGCAGUUUCCUCCUCCUUGUCGCUGCUCGGCCACCAUAAAUAUCUCUCGCACGGCUCUCGCCGAGCGACACACUCUUCCUUUCCUCUGCAUUAUUCAUC